AAGAAACUAUGCACAGUGUGCCUAGAAUGUGUUGAUCGCCAUUAUUGGCACAUGAAAGAUCAUGAUUGGUGUUUUCUCAAGGUUAUGAGUCUGAGUAAUUUCAAGGAUGAAAUGGCCAUACCAGAUGAGUUCACCACUAAUUUCAGAGGUCACAUUUCUGAUAAAGUCAAACUAGAAGUACCUGAUGGCAACAUUUAUAAUGUUCAGGUUGCCAAGGAACAGGAUAAGUUUAUUCUUCGAUCAGGGUGGGUGGACUUCACUGGUGCUUAUGAACUUAAACAGUACGACUCCCUGUUCUUUAUAUAUAGUGGGGACUCCCACUUCAAAGUUCGAAUCUUAAAACCAAGUGGUUGCGAGAAAGCGUUGUCAUAUGUUACAAUGAGCUGUGGUCCUAAUGUCCAAGAAAGGGUCAUUUGUCAUGCUCUAUCACUACCUAGCAUAAAAAGAUGUAGAAAUGACAAUUUGACGGACAAUUUGAAAACUGCAAAGGUUACUCCAACGGACUCACCUUCGCAGAAAUCAAGUUCAGAAAUGAACAGUUGAGUGUGCAAUUUCCAUUACUGCUUUUUAGGAUUUCUUUUACUACUUUUUUGUUCUCAUUGCUGCUUUCAUGAUUGAUGUUGCACAGCACAAGAUGUCACAUCUUCAAAAGAUAUUCCGGAACCAAGGAGUUCAUAUGGCCUUCCGGGGUCCACUGAAUCAUGAUACAUCUUAGAAAAGGGCUGUAUACUGACUAGCGCUCAGAAGGCAAGAGUUGACACAUUUGUGAAGGAAAGUUGGACUGGAAUCCAAAUUUAUGUCACAGUCAUGAAUGAGAAAAGUCUGCCUGAUGGUUGUCUGGUACAGUAUCUUUUGCAGUGAAUGAUCUUUUUGAAUGAAUACUAUAAUAUCUUGCUAGAGCUUUGUCGAAAUUGUUAAAACCCUAGCUCUCUGCAAUUACGGUCAGUUCAUUUAUUUGUAACAGGUCAUCUGCAAGGAUUUUGCAGCCAAACACC